CCUCUCGCGCCUCCCGCUCGCUCCCACCCGCGAUCGCCAGCACCCCUGCCCCGACCCCCGGCUCCAUCCCUUGGCUUCGCAUCCGCCCAGGCACAAACCCACUUCAGCGCACGCGCACACAUGUGGCUUGAUGGCCUCGGCGCCCUUCGGCCGGACGUCGGGCGCCUGGCCGCGUCGACCGACGAGCCGCUGACCGCCGCAAUCGCGCUCGAUCUGCUCAUUGGUCUCCUCUGCGGAGGCAUCGGCCAGACCACUCUCCCCCCGGCGUGCUGCCUCGCGGAGAAUGGCGGCCGCUGGGUUGGCGGAUCGACCGGCGGGUCGGACGUCAACCGCACUCUGCCAGCGUCACUGGCCGCGACCGGCGCGGCAGCACUUCUCUACCACAUCCCAGCGGCCAACGCCGGCUCCUUUGCCCAGCUCGUCCAGCAGGUGGCCACCGAGACACUGGGCUUCUCCUUUGCGCGCCUGUCUCCGACCCUGGACCACUGCAUGGCACCCAAUGAGGCGCAGGCGCCCGCUUUGGAGCCACGGACCGCGUGGCCCACCGAGGACAUCGUCCAGAGCUCGUCCACCUUGGCCCGGCUGCUGGCGUGCGACGGGGCCAAGGGCUUCUCGGAGGCCUUCGACCCGGAGGUGCUGGCACUGCGCCUGGGACUGACCCCCGGGCCGGCUGGGCGCCCGAUCUUCCGCUUGGAUACCGACCGAGCGGCGGCCCUGGCCGCGGAGCAAUCCUCCGCCGCCGCGGCCACCCUGCCCCUGACCUCCAGCAAUGCCACAGGCUUCGCGCUGAAUGCCCCGCCGCCCGUGCCGCCCAAGGCCCAUCCCGACUGCGAGCGCGUCCUACCCAUCAUGCUGGACUUGGCCACGCGCAUGCCGGUCCCGGCACGCGGGCUUGACACCCGGGGCGUGCCGCUUUUCCUUCGGGCCGGCUGCGGCUGCCAUGUGCCUGGCCGAUGUGCUGAUGGCCGGUGCGCGCCCCCGGUGCGGGUGGUCCUUGUCGAGCGCGCGGCCGACCUGCCGGCGGCUCUGCAGCAGGAUAUCCUGGCCGCCCUGCGGCCAUUGGUGGCCCCUCGCGCGGCAGAUCCCUGCCCUCGGUGCCAGCCCGCCUGCCGGGCCCCGCUCUCGGGGCCGGAAAAUGUCUUCACCCUCUUUGUGCUGGUGGACCCCCUCCCGCUGACGGCCGAGGAGGACCUCGCCCCUCAGGAGGACGAGGGGUCCGGGUCGCGGCUUGGCAGUGCUGGUAGCUGCACCAGUGGCCCGGAGCAGCCGGCCUCUCCGCCCGACUCCCCGGCCACCACCCCCGGGGACUGGUGGGAUGAUGACUCGGGCUUCGGCGGCGCCGGGGCCGUGGCCCUCCCUCGGCGAUAUGACCGGCGCCGGGAGUGCUCGGCCUUGGCCCCGGCGCCGAUGAGCGAAAUGGCCGAAUACUUUGCUUCCACCGGCGGGGGACGCCGUCCGGCUGCCUGUCCCACCCGCUGGCUUGACUUACAGCCAUCCUUUUUACCGGUCUUCCCCUCGCUUGGCCACUCGGGGCCCGGGGCUGCCCGGCAGACUCCCCCCGACCCGACUCGGCCCCCGGGUCAAUUGUACCAUUUCCCACUGAUCAGUGAGCACCUUAUGACCCAGUCCGGGAGCCUGCACCCGGCGGCGGCGGCGGCACUCUCGCCCGGCCGGGCAUCCCGGCCCCCACCCUCGGACGGCAGGCCGGCCCUCUCAUGUCGGGAUCUCGUGCGUCUUUCUUGGGGUGUCCAUUGUACACCGGUCGAUGAGAAGCUCCUCUCCUUCGCGCGAGGCAUUGUGGCGGCCCUACGCGAUGAUGCCAUGUGGCGCUUCGCUCCGGGUCCGGAUGCCGUGGAGGCGGCCAUCGCCGUGGCCCGCACCCUGGCCUUCCUCCAAGGGUCGCCCUACACCACGGCCGAUCACAUGCUAGCCGCCCUGCGGCGAGUGCUUCCCCAUCGGGGUGAGCUGCUCCGGCCGCUGCGCGAUGCAGACCUCUCGUCCACCACCGCCGGAUUCAUUCGGUUUUAUUCGGCCCUGGUCGGGGCAACCGCGCAUCCGGGAGCCGGCAAUUCGUCCUUGGCCUCAGUCGGCCGAUAUGGCUCGGCCGCGUACCACAUGCAUCACCACCAUCACCACCACCUCUCGUAUCACCACAUGCACACCCAUGGGCCUGGCACGCCGCCCCCGGUUCCCGGCGGCCUGGCCUUCGAUUCGUCCUACUGCCCUCCAUCGGCCACCGAACAGAUCCAUGCCAAUCUCAUGCACCCGGUGGGCAGUGCCUUUCUCCAGUCCAUCGCCGGGAUUGGCUAUUGCAUAUGCCACUCGCCGCACCACUGGCGCCAGCGGGCGGUCGCCACCGCACAGGCACUCCAUGCUGCAGCUGCCGUCCCCCAUCCGGCCGGCACGUCUCUAUGCAUUGACUGUGGACUUGUCUUGCCGGGGCAGCAUGCCGCCAGUUUGGGCCGUCGGGCAUCGGCCUCCUCGCCGCCUCCGCCGCCGGGCCCGCCGCCGUCGCCCCCGGCCCCGGUGCAGACCGCAGGCCGCGAACGAUUGGACGACAUUUUCCAUCGCACCCGGCGGAUAGCGGCCCUUUGCGCGGCCCACCCUCUGCCCUUGUGAACUGGCGCAGGCCCCUGUACGGCUCCGAAACAAGGCGGGGGGAAAAGAGCAGCGCGCGAAGGCCACAGGCCAGAGGAGGAUAGCAAGCGCAGUCGGGUGGGCGCGGCCUCCCACGUCUCGCACACUCCGAGCGAGACGUUCCCCCGCCCGGACCAAAUAGACCACACACAGACCGAUCAGAACA